AUGGCUGGGACACAGGACACGUACUUUCCCGGCGCUGUCCCUGUCCCGGAGGGUGAGACAUAUGAUCCCGACUUCUCUCAUCCGUGGCUAUAUACCGAGAGCAGGGCGAUCGUGAUUGCGGGUCUGAUUUUCAGUACGCUCUCUCUGAUGCUGCGAGUGUACACCAAAGCUGCACUGCUGCGCAAGUUCGGAUGGGACGAUACUCUUCGCCAUUGUAACGCAGGUCCUCUGUCUCUAUCUCAUUGCUCACUGGUACAAGAUGGCUACGCACACGGCGGAAUCGGCCUGCACAUCUGGAACAUCACGCCGCAGAUGCUCCUCGAUUUCCAAAAAGGCGUCUUCGCCGCCGGCAUCGUCUAUGUCCCAUCCCUCGCCCUCGCCAAAGCCUCCCUUAUCAUCCUGUACUACCGCAUCGUGGGCCAACAACAACUCUACCGGUACGCCCUGUACGUGAUCGCAGCCGUCGUAGUCGGGUACAGUGUCGCCAUCACCUUCGCGCUGAUCUUCGCGUGCCGACCCAUUGAAAGGGCGUGGAAUAUGGCCUUGCCGGGGACAUGCGUAGACCAGAAUAGCCUCUAUAUUGCGACGGCCAUCACGAACACAGUGACAGAUGUGGCGCUCAUCCUCGUUGCUAUACCUGUUGUAUGGGGGUUGAAUAUGCCGGUAAUCCAGAAGAUCGGCCUGUUCUUUAUGUUUGUUGUCGGCUGCGCCAACGUCGAGGCAAAUUUUAUCAUCAUCUGCGCCUGUCUGCCGUUUAUGCGCCACUUUCUGCGCCGCUACGCUCCCAAGCUCAUCGGCGAGGGCUCCUCCGCGGGCCGUUACUUCAAAAGCUACAACGGCGGGGCGAGCACAACCCGAUCGUGGCGACGAAGACCCGAGCAUACAGUGCUUCAAGACGAGAUUGAGCUCGCGGAGCAUGGCAGUGUUCCUGAUAAUGAAUCUGGGGUCCGGAUCAUGAAGGAGGUACAGUGGAAUGUGACCGAAGAGCGACGCGAGGGGUCGCCGGCCCCGGACGAGAUGCAUUUUCAGGAGGAGAGAGUCAAGCAUGUGCUGCCAGGGAUAUAA